ACGCUCACGGGCUGGUCUCCCUACUUCCCCGGGCCAAGCCCGCCCACCAGCUCCGAAGCUAGCCUCUCACUGGUCCAGCUGAGUGCUCGUCUCCGCAGCAAGCCAAUUAGAGCCCCACUUCCUACCCCAGGGGUUUGGAAACGGAAAAGACCUCGGCGGUCCCCGGGCGUAGGGCGGGGCCGCCGCUCCCAGCCGGCUGGGUAGCUGAGUGACAGCUCCACCUUCCAAUAGGAAGAGCCCUUGGACCUGCCCCUUUCUGGCUCCCGGCUAGAAAAGAGCGUUGAUGCCGGCGGCAGCGAUGAGUCCUCGGAGGCGUUGGCCCCUUGGCGGCCCGGAGGAGCUGUCGCUGGCCUCUCUGCAGAUGCCUAGAAGAAAAUGACAUAUAUGGCUUGCAUUUGUGGCUUACAUUAUAUUCCGAUUGGACAGAAUCGGUCUAAUGGAUGAAUACAGAUUACCUAGAGCAAGAUGUACUGUUACAACUGAACGUUGGCCCACUUGCAACGCCAGGGAAGCUCAGCCACCAUGUCCAAGUAUAAACUUAUUAUGUUAAGACAUGGCGAGGGUGCUUGGAAUAAGGAAAACCGCUUUUGUAGCUGGGUGGACCAAAAACUUAACAGCGAAGGACUGGAGGAAGCACGGAACUGUGGGAAGCAACUCAAGGAGCUAAACUUUGAGUUUGACCUCGUAUUCACGUCCGUCCUGAAUCGGUCCAUCCACACGGCCUGGCUGAUCCUGGAGGAGCUAGGGCAGGAGUGGGUUCCUGUGGAAAGCUCCUGGCGUCUAAACGAGCGUCACUAUGGGGCCUUGAUCGGUCUCAAUAGAGAGAUAAUGGCUUUGAAUCAUGGCGAAGAACAGGUGAGGAUCUGGAGAAGAAGCUACGAUGUGACCCCACCUCCCAUUGAGGCGUCCCAUCCGUACUAUCAGGAGAUCUACAGUGACCGAAGGUAUAAAGUGUGCGAUGUCCCUGUGGAUCAGCUGCCACGGUCCGAAAGCUUAAAGGAUGUUCUGGAGAGACUCCUUCCCUAUUGGAAUGAAAGGAUUGCUCCGGAAGUAUUAAGUGGCAAAACCAUUCUGAUAUCCGCUCAUGGAAAUAGCAGUAGGGCACUCCUGAAGCAUCUGGAAGGUAUCUCAGAUGAAGACAUUAUCAACAUCACUCUCCCUACUGGUGUCCCCAUUCUCCUGGAACUGGAUGAAAACCUGCAUGCUGUUGGACCUCACCAGUUCCUGGGCGACCAGGAGGCAAUCCAAGCAGCCAUUAAGAAAGUAGAGGAUCAAGGAAAAGUGAAACGAGCUGAAAAAUAAAGUCUUUGCCGAGUAUGGCCUCAGAAUAGGUGUAAAAGCAGUGGCAUAUAUUGUGUUAUGGGUGCCAAUCUCUCCUCAUCUCUGUCUCUCUCCUCUCUGUCUCAUGAAUUUGCAUUUUCCAGAGCUAGUCUGUAGGACAGAGUUUAGGGUAACUUAUCUUUGUCUAGGUAAUGGCUUUAGGAUGCCUGAGUACCUCAUGUCAUAAGACUUAGGAGUUAACAGUCUGCGAGCCCUGUUUGAAUUAGUCACCAACCUUAGUAACCAGUUGGGUUUGAUCAAAGUCCUAAGUUUCUGAGAUGGGAGAGUAAUAAGUGAAGGUGCAGUUCAAGGGUUACAUCAUUCAAUAAAUCACCAUUAUUGAGUCACCACUGCCUGGCACUAUUCCAAGCCUGAGGUCAUGGCAGCAAACAAAAGAUAAAAAUCCUUAAAAUAUGCAUUGUUGUUCACUUAACUGUCUUAAUAGUUCACUUCACCUUUAAUAUUUACUAAGACUUUCUGGGAUGGUGGUAAAGGAUAUUAGAUAAUUCACUAUAUUAAAGUAUUUAUUACUAGUCUUUUCCUCUACGAAAAGAGAUCCUUCGGUAGUUAAGACCAGAGGCUCAUUGAAUGGGAACGUCACAGGUGGGUUCCUCUAAGCAAACAAUGAUGAUGACAGUGUCAAAGGGCAAGAGGGCCUUUAACUGUCUAUAGUUUAGGGACAUCCUUUGGCAUUUGGUAGAAUUCCUCUUGGCCACUAGAAUUAGCAGCACAUAGACGACCAUAGCUGUUUGUGCUCUUGUUUUUGUUUUUUUUUGUGCUUCAAGUUUUGGAUCCUUAAAAUUGGUUUAGAAAUAAAGUUCUGGGACUGAAAAUGACAUCCCCAAAGUGUCUUGAUAUGUUUCAUAAGUGAAGUCUCUGAGCUAGUCUAUAACACUGUAAGAGUCGUGUUUAUUUCAACACAUAAACGUCUAAAACCCAUGCUACUACUUGGGCUCCAUUUCAUCUUUAAUUUAGGACUCUUGUAGUAUUGGACAAGGAAGGUGGUUGACAAGGAGAAAGAUGAAGCUGGCUUGCUCACAGCUGGUCACAUCUGUGAUGCACAGGCUGUGAAAUGUGCAGGCCUUACAUCAAACUCACUGCCGUCGAGUCAGUUCCGACUCAUAGCGACCCUAUAGGACAGAGUAGAACUGCCCCAUAGAGUUUCCAAGGAGCGCCUGGCGGAUUCGAGCUGCCACCCUUUUCUUUAGCAGCCAUAGCACUUAACCACUACACCUCCAGGGUAUGCCUUACACAGACCCUCUUUAUUUAUGAAUCAUAGUUUAUAUACCUUUAUUCGCAUGGAUAACAUAAAUGGAAUAUUGGGGCCUGUCACAUGCCUUUGUUCAUCAGCUGAAAGGGAACAUGACAGUAUUUCGUGUAGAGUACCAAAAAAGGUAUGGACAAAAUUGAUUGCUUAUCAAUCUUACUCUUUCCCACAGUAUGUUUUUAG